AUGCGUCCCGUCACGUGCACCCCAGGAUCCAGCACAGGCUCUAGCAGCGGCUGGACGAGCUCGAGUACAAGUGGUACGGCUGGGACGUCGCCAGCGACUGUCGGUGGCUGGAAUGUUGGCGUGCACCGUCGAGACCGGAAGCUCUGGACGACGAUCGUCGAGCGCGUAGAAGCCGACGUGGCAGUGCAGCAGCUGACGCUCGUGGAGCUGGAGGAGACGCUGAAGCAGCUGCUGGGCGUGGCGUUGCCGAACCCCCGCAUUCGCGGCGACGAGGUUGCGUCGCUGAUUACAGCGUUGGCGCAGCUAUUGCCCUUGAGUUCGGGGCUACUGUGCUCGGAGUAUACGCGGCUGGUGCAAAAGUGUUGCUGUAAGGAGCGCGUGCUGUUUUCGAGUGCGCAGCUGCGUGUGGUGAUGACGUUCUUUUUGACGUUUAUCAAGACGUGUCCGAGCUGGUACACGGCCAAUUCGAUCCGCGCGUUGGGCCAAGUCCUGCAUGAGAAUGCUGAUCGAGCAAGCAAUGAGUUUGAGCUGCUGUUUGCCGUUCUACUGAAACACUUGGACCCAUCGGGCGUGGACAUUGAAGCUCGGUAUGCUGCCACGAGUUGUGUGUCGAACAUUUGUACGCAGGCGGGCAAAACGCCCGAGGUGUAUCACUACUUUUCGUCGUUAUUGCGGGUGGUGGUGGAGAACUUCCGGCAACAAGCUCUUAGUCUCAUGAAGGGCCAGAACGAUCGCAUUCUCGUGAAAGCAUGUACCUCCAGCAUGAAGUGUGUUUACACGAUCAUCAACUCGAACUUUGACCGCCUGGGGGAUCGUAUCGCUGCGACACUGCCUAGCCUGCUCAGCUCCAUGCGCCAGGUUGUAGGAUGUGGCCUCGUUCUCAAGUUUGAUACGAAGCACGAGAUGUUUUCGUGUCACGAAGAUUUCCACCCUUCCGAUUCCGAUUCGUCGGUUUGCGGCUCUGAUGGUUGCAUUGGACCGCGCCAGAUUGGAGACGGUUUACUGGCCCGUCUGCGCAUCAAUGUGCUUUACACGCUGGAAGCGAUUGCGCAGCACUUCCCCAAAGCCAUCACGUCGUCGAUGGGGUUGUAUUUGCCGGAGCAGACAACGCCCUAUAUGACGUUGUUUAACAAUGCACCGUCCGUGCUUACUCUGCUUAUCGCUGACCCAAGCGAAAAGGCCCGCAUGACAGCUGCCAAGUUCUUGGACGCUUUCUGGGAGAAGAUUCCCCUGAAAAUGUAUUUUCGACGUCCGCUUGGAGUCGGUGCAACUGCAUCGGCCACGUUGCCGGUGCCGUUCGCGUCGUUGCCGAAUCGAGUUUCUCUGAUGCUGUACCAGGUGCAUGUCACGUUAGUGUACUGCAUCCAGCACGAGAAGGAGCCCGCGCCAUUGUUGCAGAUACUCAAGAGCACUACGUCAGUGAUUCAGCACUUCCCGUAUCGAAAUGUGGUCACGGUUCUUGACCAAGUUGAGCUCACGCCUAGUUUAGGGGAUAUUUUGAACGCACUUGCGUCGAGUUUGUACGUGGCAGCAUCGUCAACUGAUCAUGGUGUGAGAAUGGCUAGUUUGUCGUGUAUGUCAGCCCUCCUCAACGUCCAAGAUACUCUCCCGUCCGUUCUGGAUUGGAUGGUGCGCACGAGUGAUGCAGAUCGCGUGAUCCGGGUUGCUCACGUUUCAAUUGCAUGUGGAACGUGGUUGCUGCGCCACCAUUCGUUUGUCGAAGAGCUUCUGUUGAUGGCGUCACGGCCUGACGAUCCGUCGCGCACGCUCUUGCGCUUGGAGGCGAUGUCCCUUUUGUCGAAGAUUGCAAAGAACUACUCACCAGCACUAAGUAUGAACUGGAAGAGACUAUCAGAGUUUAUGCUAUCGGCAUUUCAAGACAUGGAUCCCAACGUUCGCCUCCAAGCGGUAAAGAUACUGGAGAAUUACAUCAAGGGCGAAAAUGGAUGCUCUGACACCGCAGCGGUCGUGAGCAGACAAGCGAGAGAUGCUUGCCGUGUCGAUUGCCUGGAGUUAAUGGCGACACACUUGGUGCGAGCAUUUUACGAUACGUCGCACCAUGUUCGUGCAAGUGUGUGUGCUUGCUUCACUCUGUUGUCCUCUCGGGACUGGGCUUGGCUUGGUGAGAAGAAACAGCCUCGGCGUCUUCCAGUAUUGGCAGCUAAAAGUGGCGGGUACCACGGAUCAGGACCCAAUAUUUCGUGCCUUGACUCGUACACACGGAUUUUCCUGCAAACUCCGAAAGAUAGCUCUCCGGUUGUGCGGGCUGCAGGUUUCCGACUGCUUGGGUCGUUAUGCCUAGCCCCGACUUUCAAGACAUGCGGGUUCGCCUCUAGUGUGGUGAGUUUAGCUUUGGAGGCUCUUAGCGACUCCACGUUGAAUGUGCGCGUUCGGGCUGCAUGGGCGCUGGGCAACGUUUGCACCACCCCGGGCCCGGAGUCGGUUGCAGAAAGAGAUGGCUUCGUGCAACCUCAAUCAGCGGCGGCACUUUCGUUUUCGACCAGGGUGGACUCUUCGAUGGCGUCGCCUCCACUACCUCCGCAGGUGCUGUACGAAUUACUUCCGGAGAAGCAGCUGCGCAUAGUCGUCGAGAAGAUGUUGAUUUACAUUAACGACAACGACAAGGUGGCGUCAAGUGUAGCUCGUACACUGGGACUUGUGUGUCGCUGGAUCAGCUUCUCACCCUUCCGGCGCACCGUCAAUGCGAAAAGCCUUGCGUCACUGGACGAUUUAUUGAGACGAGCGAUGGCUGUGCUUGCUGGAAAGAUUAAUGCUGGUUCGCCAAAGGUUAGGUGGAACGCUUGCCAUGCCGUCGCCAAGGUCCUGCUGUGUCCGAGCUUGCCACUAGCGUCCGCGACGUGGGCACCGUCUGUGUUUCAGGCGCUACUGACUGCCAUCGCACAGCAAGAGAACUUCAAGGUGCGCAUUAGUGCAGCUACAGCGCUGCGUGUGUCUCAAAGCCGUAGCGCAUUCGGUUCUUUCUUCCAGUUGGCGCUUCGAGCCACGAUGGAUGCACUGGAGACUGCAUCGGACUUGAAGGAUGUGACUGAAUUUCGAUACAAGGAGCAGUUGGAGACACAGCUGUCCUUCACAUUGGUGCAUCUGAUCCACAUAGCGACGGAAGAAGACGACCCCGAAAUAUUGCAGGCGUUCAAAUCCAAGCCUCGUGGGUUUCUGUACGACUGGCUGCUGCAUAAUCUCCACCGCAUGAUAGUGGCAAUUGAGCGCGAGAGUGAAGCGGUCGGUGGCGUGGGCACGGAUGGCGGUGAUGCUGCCGAAGAGGGCCGAAGCGGAGGAGCUGGUGAUGCACACGAUGUGAAUCCUAUCAAGAAAGAAGAAUUGCUAUCUGCCGUGCGCUCGCUGCUGCGCAUUUUGGAGCGUCUCAACACGGACAAGGCAUACGCGACCAGCUGCGUCUCGCUUUUGUACGACACGAAGAUCGGACUCGAGCACGAUGUACUAUAUUCUGACGAGGACAUUCCCUUUGAGCUAUGA